CCUCAAAGGGGCACAAACUACACGGACCAAUCAGCGUGCUGCUCACGAGGAGGGAGGGGGGAGCCCGCUACUGCCCGCUAGAAAUACACUCCGCGGAAGUUUCCUUUUUUUAUUGAGCGCGCCGUGUGGUUGCCCCUCCAACUUGACACGGGGGACCUCGUGGUUGUCAAACUUAACCGUUUUAUCAUUAAACAUAAGCAAACAGACAUCCUCAUCAACUCUCUGUAACUUGGAAACUCGGUCAGACAAACCGAGCGGCUCCCAUCGUUGCAAAGUUGUCUGAAACUCAAACAGAAACAAAAGAGAAGUACACAAUUGGAGCCUCUGUAUCUAAGGCUGUCCAUUCAAAGAGGAGUCCUUGCCGGAGCUGAGAAGGAGAAGUAGCUUGAAGUGCGGAAAGUUAAGCCUCCAUUCAUCCUCGAGAGUCGCUAGUGCAGCUUUCUUGAGUUGCUGCCACCUGCAAAAAUAUGACGAGAAGAUCCUGUGCGAUUUAUGCGGUUGGGGUCAUCUGCGCGUCCCUGCUGGUGGUUGGGAUUGGCUUAAUCGUGGGCCAAGUUUUCCGGACUGUCAUGCAUGAACGCCUUAAGAAGGUAAACACAAAAUCUUUGUGCUAUUAACUUUACAUAACGUGUUUAUGUAGUUCAGCAUGGAUUCAUUCAUUCUUUGUGACUGUAAGUGCUUUGCUGUGUGCAGACAGGGUGCUGAGACAUGUUGGGAUUGUAUGGAAGCCUUGAGUGGACAUGUGCAUCCAUCCAUUAAAUAUGUUUUAGGCCAGUGGUUCUAAGUUGGUGGGUCGCGGACACGUUCUGGAUGGGUCACUAACAGCUGGUCAGAAAAGUAAAUAUUUAAUGUGAUAUUUAUUAGAUAUUCAAAAUUUUCUGCACAAGCAACUUCAGUAGUUGUUGUCCUCAUGUUGUCCCCUUCAUGCGCUCUAAAAUGCACUUUACUCAAUAACACAAGUGGAUUUAUGUUAAAGAUAAGAUAAGGUUUUUUUUUUUAUUAAAAAGACUAAUUUGCUUGGUUGGAAUUCUAUAAAGGUGGGUCGCAACUUGAGGACCAUGGGAAAAAGUGGGUCUCAGAGUGAGACCAGUCGAGAACCACUGCUUUAGGCCUACUUGAGAUUACAAUGCUGAUUGUUCCAUGCUAAAAAGUUAAUCUAUCUCUCUCUAGAUCAUGAUUUUUCCAUUUUUCUGUGUCAUUUUGGAGUUUUUGUGCAACCUCCUGAGGGCCAGUUUUUACAAACUUCCUCACCUUGUUUUCUUCAUUCACCAGGACUCUUUUGAGCUUAGAAAAUGCGCUCCAUCUGAGUACGAAUCAGUGAUAACAACUUUGGAAAUCUUCAAAGCAAACUUUCCCUUAAUUUGCUGCUGCUUGUUUGUUAUCAUGUGUUAAUGUGAAACCAUGGCUGCUUCUAUCCUUGGCGUUCAGAGUCUGCUGUUAAGGUUAGUCGUUUUGUUGAGAUACAGUGAUGACUGGGCGGUGUGUUGCCUCCCAGAAGGAGAGGCUCUAAUAAGCAGUUUCAAGUAUCCUGGGAUGGAGGAGGAGGUGUUAUUAAGGGUUCACUAGUCUGUUUUGUGCAAUCACUACUUACUCUUACCUCCCAUUUAGCCUCUUCAAGUUUUAGCCACGGGUAGUUUCCCAUUAUCCUGCACCGUCUUUAUCAGAUGAUGGAUGCAAAGGAAUUCCUGGUCGCCCUCUGGUGUGUGUCUCUGCCUCCACUUCUCGUAACAGUAGGGGGGUUCAGGCAAAUUCCAAAGCUAAGAAUAAGUAAGGGCUGGGUUGGUUUUGCUUAUUCUUGGUGCUGGUCUGAAAGCUGCUCCUCAGCAAAAAUGAUCCCCCUACAAGAAAAACAUUGAAUGUAGUCGCUCAGUGGGAGGUUUUGUUCCACACAAAUGCAGUGCCAAUUAGCAAAGAGGCAGUUUGACUUCAGUCUUGCUGUGGCCUGAUUUACAAAGCCUCAUUCAGAGAGAUUAAUAGAGUAAUCAGAAAUGAGAAGGAUAGUAUGUGCUGGACUUGUAAAGAGAGCAAGCUUAUUGAGUGUGAGACACAGACCUUCUUAUUCUUAGGAGCUUUAAUAGAUCCAGAGGGAGUAACAAGUAGAUGGAAAGUACAAUUGCAACCUUUUCUUUUCUCUGCAUGCAUUGUGAAGUCUUUUACAAUGUUCAAGAGAAAAUUACCUAAGUUUGUCAAAGUUGAGUUUUGUUGUAACAAUGUGAAAACACUCGAUGUUCAGUUCACAGUGGUUGGAAAUACAGAAAAGGUUUUGGAAAAAGUAUGUUUCAAUUUGGAACUGUUGACAGAAAUUAGUCAGGAAUACCAUCAAUAACCCCCCCCCCCCCCCCAAAUUUCUCUGUCAUUCAUCUAACAGCCUGAAACAUAAAUUUGCUCAAGGAUUGAUAUCAUGGGUUUCUAGAGACCAAAACAGGAAGCAGGUACCUGCAGAUUUUUGGCAUUUUUAUCAAAAAAUUAAAUGCUUUAAAUAUUGUUUCAGCUUGACGUAAAUGUAAAUACACUUCUUUUUGUUAAUUGUUCUCAGUCGUCCCUGCUCUUAACUUGUGUAAGUGCAUGCCAAGUUUACAUACCCCAUGUAGUGACAUGGAAUAUGAAUAUUCUCGUACUUGAAGGGAGAGCUCAGUGGACCACAUGCAUGUCAAAACAAAUGCAAAUCAUCAAAAGACAAGGUAAUUUAAAAGCCCAUUUGACAAGUUAAACAUACAGUGAGUGGAGCCACAUUCUGUCAAUACAGAGUAGACUUAAACUGAAGAUUUACAACACUGCAGACCCUCAGGCCCCAACUACACGAACGCGGAUAUAUUUCAAACCGCACAUAUUUAUGUCCAAUUGGGCCCCCCUACCACACCAAAACGGGAGUCUGGAAUACUCAAACCGGAUAAAUCUGAAUCCAAAAAAAAAAAGUGGAGAAAUAAAAAAAUAUCCGUAUAAGUGGAUUCGUGUGGUUGAACUUUUACGGAUCGAUGACGUCAAACCGCAGCUCGCGCAUGCGAAUUAUAAAGAAAAACAACAACAACGAUGGCGGACAUACAGGGUAUUCUUUAUGUGUGUUUUGCCCUUUUGGGGCUAAUUUCAGUCUUGCAAGUGAACCUUGUUUUAUACAAUUACAUCCACCAGUCAGCCAGCUCACAGAGGCGUCUGCUGCACCCAAUACUUUUAUUGGUCACAUAGUCCGUCACAUGGACCCGACGCACUAGCGUAGCUUCCGCAAACAAUGCAUGACACAUCACGCUGUUACGAUUCAUCGGCCAAUCAGUUAGCUUUGUUCCUGAAUUUUUUUUUUAAGCGGCACCAGAUACGAUUGAGUUUGAAGGCUACGUGUGGACGCAGAUAUUUUUGAGAACUAACACGUGUGGACAGAUACAUUUAUUUAGACGGGAGUAGAAAAAUAUCCUGCUAAAUAAAUAUCUAUAUACGUGUAGUCCGGGCCUCAGAACUGUUGCAGAUAUCCUGCAUGACAGUUGUAAAAGUUUGCCAAUAGAUUAAGCAAACUCGCAUUGCAUCAUUAACCUCUACGGUUGCUGAGAGUGGGGAGUUCAUAUGAAGGAUGAAGGUGUGCCAUGUGAUAACACUGCACAGGCAUGAUAUGAGAUACCAGUGUUAUCAUGAUUACGGCUUGAGAAAUGUGUUAUUUUGACUGGUCAGGGACUCAAACAAAAACACUAUUUCCAGCUUAUUAGAUUUCUAAAUAUCAUAGAAGUGAAAUAUUUCUUUGCUCUCAUCUCUUUAUUUUUUACAGAGAUUUUCAGUCAGUUACUGUGUUGUAAAAGAUGUAAACAUGUUUUUUGUUUUUAUCAUGUUUUGUUUAGACUUGUUCCUUUGCCUCAUAGAUCCAGGAAGUGUAGUGACUGAUGAUAUGAGGUCAACAGACAUCCGAUGCUUCAUGUGCAAGCGAAGGUUUUUUAGAUGUGGUUAACUUUGCAGAGGCAUCAAGUGGUGAGAGGAAAUGAGUAUCAAAACGGAUGUAAACAUGACAUGCCAACCUCUUAAAAGGACCCACUCUGAAGACAAUCUUGUUUUUCUUGUUGUCUAAUAUGUUCAUAUGGCAUUUUUCUGAUGCUAGAGGACAUAUCAUGACAAAACUAAGAGCAAAAUUACAUUUCUGAGUAUUUCUGCAUUUAAAUCGCUGUCAACUUCUCACAGACCUAAACAGCAGGUUCAGAUACAGUGAGAUUUCCUAUGUCACAACUGCAAGCUCCGCCCCCGGAGCUGGCUAUGCAGGCCAGACUCGGAGAAAUAAAGAGGAGGAUCGCAGAACAAGUGUGUGCGUUAGUGGAUUGCAAUGCUCAUAAGACAGCUAGUUAUGAUAUUAGCUUUCAUUAUUCACGAGGAGGGUGCAGAGCAGCGCUGUCUCCGCCCACGACUCAAAGGUGAAUUGCUAAAGAGCUCCUGGAGCUCUGCAGAAGAAAAGCUCUUGAAAAUGACACAGGUAACGUGAUUUUAAUCACAAUUUAAAGACCACGGAGAGUACUUUAAAAAGAGUUUGAAAUCCUCAUAUACAGAGAUUUACAAGUUUUUAUAUACAGUCCCUUAAGUCCACAACCCAUGCAAGCUGGCUCAAGAGCAAAUUGAAUUUAUUUGCAGCCUAAAGGAUUGUUUUGUUUCUUAUUCACUGAAAUACCUGGAAGGGUUAAGUCCAGUGUCCUCCUGGAUUUCUAAUACUUUAGACGAUGUCAGAAGGUGAGGCUCAAAGCUUUCCCAGAGAGUUCACUUUACUCUGAUAACAAAGCAGGCGUGAAAGAACUGUUGGCCCUCAUUCAGUGUUAUCACAUGGCACACCUUCAUCCUUAGUUUCAUCCCAAACCUUUUUUCCAUAACAGCUAUCAGAUAGCUUUUAUCAGAGAGCCUGAAUAUUGACUUUAAAAGGCAGGGGGCAUAUUUACUUAAGGUUUGUAGUUUUGAAGUUUGUCCUAAUUCUGAGCUAAAUUACAUGAUCCUUGGCAGUUUUCCACUGAGCACAAAUAUAACUGGAUGAGGACAGCUGUUAUCCAUACAAUGACACUGGAUGAAUGUGUGAAUAUUACACUUUCAUGUCUCAAAUCAUCUCCUCCAACAAUUAAAAUGAGCUUUUGUUAAAGAACUAAAAACACGCCCUAUGCUGACAGUUUAACAACCACAUUUACAUGUCAAUAUUUACCUAAGCUUGUCAGUUAUGGUGAUACAGUAAAUAGCUUUGUUUGCUCUAUUUCUGUAGCCUUUAGAUAAUUUGGUUUUUCCCUUAUUCUCAAAGCCUCAUUGUUCUUGAAUUGUACUGUGAAGGUAUUUUUGUGUGUCCUCCAAAUACCUUAAGUGUGAUCUAUUGUUUUUAGUGCAAAAGUAAAAAGUAGGACUGUGUAGCCAAACCACAAAACUACACGAGAAUAGGGAGUUGACAGACCAAUACUUGGUCUGCACUAAAGGCAUCAGUUUUUGACACACUCCCCAAUAUGAAGUGUAAACUUGUGAACAAAACAUAAUGAUGGGGUCAUGACCUUGGUGACCUAAGUGACAUGGUUCACGUUUGCCAUGCUGUUGUGGUUAAAACAGUUAAAGAAGGUGAAAACAGACUGGAACUGCAGGGAUCUGGAGGAUUUGUGCAUACCUUCCAUUCCUAGUUUGGUGCUUUUACAGAGUAAGUUUAUGGGAAAUGGUUAAUGUUGACACUGGCUCUUGCCCACACUGAAUACUGUUGACUAACUACAGAUUCUCUGAUUGAUAAAACCGCCCAAUUACUCAAAGUGCCCAAUUAGUGGGCAUUGCUCUUUUAGCUAGUAUUAAAAUUGGUAGACUUAGACUUGAAAGAAUAUUUUAUGUUUUUGUUGGCAGUCAUUGAAUCAGUUUAUAGAAAGAUAAAGUUAAACCUUCUGAGAAUCAAUGCUGCUAUCGCUUUCAAAAAUAAUCUGAGUAGCCGUCUUCAUAUUUUUUACUGUCUGAGAAACUUAAAACAGAAAAAUACAAUCCAUUACCCAACCACUGAAUUGUGUGAAUAAGCUGGGCGAAGAAGGGCAAACAGUAAGACACGUGUACUUAAAACAAAUCUUAUCAGAGGCUGACAAAGUUGGUUGACAAAGUUGAAGAAACGGCACUCUGCAUAUUUUAUCUACAUGCAGUGCAUACAAAGUGCCCAACCCUUGUGGGUUCUCUACAAACAAAGCUGCAUGUUUCUUUCACAGCUCAUUCUUAAACAUUGUAUUCUGCCUAUUCUCCAAAGUUUUGUAGAUAAAUCUGCUUUUUAUAACCUUCUUACCAAAAGAAAUCGAACAAAGACCAUCCAUGAAGUCGUCAUAAAUAGGCCAGUAAAACAGAAAAUGACCCUCAUUCCCAACCUCACCCAGAAAUGUGUGGGUGAGACGCACAGCUCUCACAUGCUGUCAAACAUACAUAACUACUAGUAUGAUUUAUGACGCCAUAUCAAGUUACCCUCCAACACCAGCUGCACCAGCGUGAGGGAUCUCAUUCCAGCAAUCGGCUCUCUUUGCGAGCUAAGCCACUUUCACACUGUUAGGUUUAUUGAGAAACUGGAGGGGCUGGCAGUCCUUCAGCUUCUGCGAGUCAAGUAAGGUCAGGAUCCAAUGGCCCGCUGGUAAGAUGAUGGUGAAAAAUGAUUGGUCCUUCAUGAGGAAUCUGGUCACUUUACAUACGCCAGACUAGUCAUAACAAGCAGGGGGCUACAUGCCGAAAGAGUUGUCACGUUAGAUUAAGUUUCGUAGGUUUAUAUCCAAAAACCAAAGUGUUGACAAAGCGUAAGUUGGACCUGAUGUUGCAAGAGAGGAAAGUUGGAAUAAAAGUGAAUUCUGCAAAUCUGUGCAUUUUAUCUGGUGUCUCUUGUGUUGAGACAGACUUUUAACCCUGAUAAGGACUCUCCAGCUUUUAUCUUAUGGUUUGGCGGGCUUGUCACAAUGAACACUCUUGAGACAUCUUCAUGAAAAACCAAGAUAAUAUGAAAUGCCCUGUUAAAACCACUGUCUCAUUAAAAUCGCAUAGACCAUAAGCAAACGACACUCAGAACAUUAUUUGUUGUUUAAAGUGUGUUUGCCAAUCAUCAGAUCGGAUUUGGUAAAAGUUUAAUUAACCAUCUGUGCUUGGAAGUUUCAAAAAACAGUUUGGACUGAGCAGUGCACACGGGUUUUAUUGCUUUGUCUGACUACAAGUGCAAUUUACCGUGGAAACAUUUGUGUCUGUGAAGGUUGAGAAGGCCUCUUGUGAUCAGAAACUACCUCAGCCGUUCCAGACUAGCUCCUAUUUUCAUGUUAGUCUGGCAACAUCCCGCUAAUAACUCCAGAUAAGCACCUUCAAAUUAAAGUUUAAUUGCAGCUUUUAUGAUCUUCAGUGUGGUCAAACUGCCUUCCGAUGAUUGUGUUUGUGCAAACUGGGGAAGAACCAGUGAAGCCAGGUCAACGUUGAACUGAAAUGACCUUAAUAUAACUCUGAUAGGGCCGGACUACGGCGCUGCUUGUUUAGCUUUGUAAGUUCUUUGACCUCUAUAGAGGCAAACCCAUUUAGAGUAUGCAAAGCUUUUGCACCACAACUGCAGGAUUUCAUGAAUAGCCUCUUGCUGUGCCCAGUGUUAUUCACGGCUAUGUAUUUGCCUGCCUUAACAUCAAAGCGCUUGCAGUUUGCGUAUUUGUGUAUUCACCUGCUACACGUGUUUUCGAACGGGGAGUGGUGUGAGAGUUGCUGUGGUAAAUGCUGAGAUGAGAGGCUCUCUCUGUUCCUGUUUUCCAUGCAGUAUUUCAUGUAGCAUGCUGGGAGGGUUACCAUAUUGAUUGUUCGUAGCAUGAAAGGAGGACAUAGAGAGAACCAUGCGCUCUCUUCCUCAAUCUAAGGCGACAGCUUUAUUGUCCUUGGCUACUCAACUAGACUUUUGUCUCUGUACAAGUGGAAGGGACCCCAACAGAGGAGGGGAGGGGGUUGUACUCCCCUGAAAUAAUGGGACUUGUUGGCAUGUUCAGCUCUUCUAGGCUUACUUCAUACCAAAGUACCGCUUCUAGAUUUAACACAAAUCUGACACAAUUAGGCCAAAGUGAGAUUUCCUCCUAGAUUGUCUUAAGAAUCUCUAAUCCUGCCACCACCUUCUUUCCACUCUCACUGCCUGUUCUCCAAGUCUUCAAAAGAGCCCUGAGGUGUAAAAGGUUACCCUCAUCCUGAGGCAAACACAUCUGCAAACUUGAGUUAAAACAGAGCGGUGCAGGUUUUAGCUUGUGCUGUACCUCCCAGGGUUAUAGGGCUCAGUCCAGAGGAAUGUGACUCAGGUCAUUAAGGCCUCAGUCCUGUGGAAACCGGUGGGCAUCCAGCUUUCUGCAUCACAUGAUUUGUCAGCGGCUCUCCCCGGAGUGCCGGUUGUCUAUGGCAACUGCUCACAAUGAAACUGUGCAAGGGUCUCCCCUAAUGCCAUUCAUGUGUGCAGCCAAUGCUCUCGUCUGACGCUCAGACAGCCUUCCCCCUCCUCUUCAAACCCAGGGAUGUUUUUGUACUCCGGGUUGUUAUGAGAAGGAAAACAUUGUGGAAACAUCCGAUUCAGAGCAUAUGUUGACCGUUCUAAACUCUCUGCAGCAAAUGAAUCCUCAGAUGACCGCAACCAUGAAACUCAAAUAAAUUCAGACAUUUAAACAUAGUGCUCUUUGUAGUUAAUCAUGUGUUGUGUUCGGUGUCUACACUUGUCAAACUCGCCUCUCACGUUCAUGUUCUAUUGUUGACUGAGAUGAACUCCCCAUGUCCUCACAGGAGAUCGUAUUGGUCGAGGGCAGCCGUGUGUUCGACUCAUGGAAGACCCCUCCCCCUCCUGUCUACAUGGAGUUUUUCUUCUUCAAUGUGACCAAUGUGAACGGGUUCCUUCAAGGAGAGAAGCCAGAGGUCAAGCAGAUCGGACCUUACACAUACAGGUAAGAUAUAAAUGCAUAUGCUGCAUCAAAGCCACACAGCUCUGCAGCUCCUCAAACUCAACAUCUGAUGUGUUGUCAAAUAUUUGAUAUUGAAUGUGUAAUAGAUGAAGUCUACUCACUGAGUAUGAAUGACCUGCAUUUCUAUUUACUCUGUGUUGACAGUUGAAAAAACUUGACCUCAGUUUUUGGAGGUCAUUCUGUCUGUAAGAUGACCUAUCUAGUCUAUCAUGGAUAUGAAGUCUUUUCCUUGUGGGUGUCAAAAUGUUAAGCAGAACAUUAAAAUAUAUAUUUUUUAAUUUGAACAUCAAAUUUCACAGUUUCAUUAUCGAUCCUGACCUUACAUCACUCUGGUGGUAAAAGGGUUAGGGUUAUUUGUUUUACCACCAUGCUGUACUGCAAAUAUCACAGGCCAAUUUUGAAGUGCUGUACAAAGUAAAACUCAAUUCAUCAGGUUUACUUUUUUGGUUUUGGGUCUUAAUUUAUCUGCCACACUGCACACUCAAAAAAAAAAAAUCAUUUUCAUGGUAGAAAUAGAUUUUUUUCCUAUAAACAGCUCUUUGAUCAACAUCGUGCUCAGGAGAUGUGCCAAAUAUUUGUUUAGCACUCAUACAAACUAAAAAAAAGGACAUCUGAUUCUGCAUAUCAGCUUCCUAUCUCAUGGUUUACAAAGUCACGCUUUUUCAAAACACAUUCAGUCAACCAGAUAGACUGGUUUAAUUAGAUGACAGUAGACUUUUUCUAAAAUCUAUCUGUGGCGUGUGCAUUGUGCUGAUUUCUAUUCUGUACAGCUGUAACAAGACUCUCUGUCCAGAUUUGACUUUUGGAGUCAUGUCUGAUGGCCCCCUUAUGAAACCCUUGAAUAAAUAUCAAGGUUCAGCGCUCCAAGCACCACAAAAAUGUUACAACAGACUGCAAACGUACCUUUUUAACUCUAGCUCCUGGCUACCUUGGUUUAAAAGUAGAGAUGUGCAGUAUAUAUUUGGCAUUUCGCAGAACAGGCUUGGCACUUAUGAAUAAUGAUAUGAAUAUAUAUGUUUAAAUAGUAUAUAAUCACCCACAUAAAAAAAGGCCGAAAUCCUGCGUUGCCAUGUUUCUGCAGCAGCUCUGACUGGACAAACAAGUGACAUACAGGUUUUUUAUUUUGUAAGUGGCUGCAUGAAUUGUUCUAGUUAGCAGAAGAAAAGACGGUGGUUGUUGCUGUGUGCUAAAAGAAUUUAUAUUUGAAAUAUUUGGUGGUAAAAACUUGGAAAAAGGAAAAUUGUGCUUGUUAUGCUUUUUGUCCUCACUUACACAGAGAUGGGAGGGGUGAGCAAGGUGAGCUAGAACUGCUAGAUAAAUCCAUUUUUACACACUGUGCCUUUAAACGGAUGUUAUUCUUGGACUUAAUGGAGUUGAAAUUAACCUUAAUAUUUCCAUUUUGUUUGUCCAGGGAGUACAGGUAUAAGGACAAUGUGAGCAUGGUGGAAAACGGCACCAAGGUGUCUGCCUACAACACCAAAAGCUUUGUGUUCCUGAGAGACAAGUCUGUGGGUGACCCAGCUGUGGAUAACAUCACCACUGUCAAUAUCCCUGCAUGGGUGAGUCAUGCUCUAAAGGUGUCAGCCAAGUAGAGGAAAGUGUAAAUCAAAGUAGGGUAAAGUGUAGUGUCCACUGUCCUCACCCUGUCCGCUGUUUCAUUUAUAUCCUACUCUGCUUCACUUCCUGUCUCCAGGCUGUAAUGAACAAGUUGAGAGAUAGUUUCUGGAAGGCCUCCCUGAUGUCUGUAAUGAUGGGCUCACUGGGAGGCGACUUCUUCACCACUCGAACCGUGGAUGAGUUGCUGUGGGGUUAUGAAGACCCCCUGCUGGCAUACAUUGCUGCCUCCAAACCUGAUGUGGAGAAAGUCUUCGGCCUCAUGUACAAGGCAUGUGCUGAUUAACUUGACGAAUUACAUCUGGAUGUUGGAUAACAAGAUAAGAUGCUUCCAUUCAAAAAGACACUAAAAAGGUUCAGCUGUAAAUAACCGUACUGUCAGUCUGCCUGAUGUUUUUACACAGUGCAAGUUCCUGCCAAGAAUUUUUAAUUGCUUUUAAACAUUUUUAAAUGAAAUCUGAUGCCUCUCUACAAACCACAGAAGCAAGACAGCCAGCAACAAAAUUCCUGUAUUCCUAUGUUUCUGACUGCAGUGCAUCCUGAGUGACACAUUUGACAGCUAAAAGAAAUCAGGGAAAUCAAAAAAAAAAGUGAAUGACCACCUUUGACCACAGAGGGCGCCGUGGUCAACAAAUAUUUAAAGUUGCUUACAAAGCUUUAAAGCAGACCUGGGCAUUUUACGGCCCUUUGAAUGUCCCUGCCCGGCCCUUCGUGAGGUCCAUCAAUCAAAUCGUCAACAUGCUAUACAAGUGUGUUGCUUUUAUUUUGAAAGUCUAGCCGUUGUUUUAUUUCCAUUUGGACACACGUGCAUACAUCCUAAGUUUAAACAUUGGCAAAAUUUACAUAGACGCCUUAUAGUUGUUCAGUCUGCUUAUUAUAAAAAAAUCUAAAAGGCUUUAGGCUUGUUUCUCUCAGAAGUCGCUUGUAAAACUCAUGAGUCGCGGAUGUGCUAUUUUGGGCUUGUUUUUAAUUAGUAUUUGCUUAUUUGGGUUUGCUUUUCUGUACAUGUGAACCCCCCUGAUUUGAAGCUGAAGUUGUUGUUGGUUUGGCCCUCCAACACAGUUCAGGUAUCUCAUGUGUCCUCAUGUAAAAAUUAAUCGCCCGCCCCUGCUUAAAGUAUUGAUAAGUCUUUUGUUUUAUAACCCCAAAGUGCUCUUCGUUUGCCACAGUUUGUUUAGAUUUUAAUGAAUUCUGUCUCCUUUUUUUAUUUUUAGAAAAAUGGGACUAACGAUGGGGAAUUUGUCUACCACACUGGGCAGCAGAACUACAUGGACUACGGCCGUGUCGAAACAUGGAAAGGCGAAAGGUAGCGCUUUUGCAGUCACACUAUCACACAAUCCCCUUAUGUCCUCAUCUGCUGUAAUGACACUUCACAGUGUAACCUUUGGACCUGAAAAGUUUCUGAAAUCAACUGCUUUGUGCCAAUACCAGAGGGGAACAGGCUGUAAAUGUCUGUCUGUCUGUGUUUGCCCGUGGGUUUGGGCUGACUCCCAAACUACAAAGCAUAGGGCAGGACAUCCUGAUACCCUGAAUGCCUUAAUAAUGGCUCUUUACUGAACUUUCUUAUCCUAUUCUAUACCUCAGUUCCCUACAGUCUCUAAUUACCCUUCUCACUCCAGGGAAACCUCUCUUUUCAACUGUGACUUUCAGAUAAAAACAUUUUUGAUCAUCAAAACAUUUAGAGUAAUUUACUGUCAUUAAGAGGGAGUUGAUAACCGUGUUGACUUUGAAAAUUGAGCAUUAUAAAACGGCAUAUCAAGCCAAGAACAACCAAAACAUCCUCAUUCUGCCUUUGUACAAAGAAAACACAGAUUGAUUGAUGCUGCCUGAGUCUAAAAACCCUUUUUUGGUCACUUUGCAUCAUGAAUGGAUGUUUUUGUUUUGCAGCAAGGUGAACUUUUGGACAUCAGAACAAAGCAACAGCAUCAACGGAUCAGACGGGAGUGCUUUCCAUCCUCUGCUGAAAAAAGAUGAACGCCUUUAUAUCUUCACUCCAGACCUCUGCAGGUACAUAGUGAUGUCCAACAGCCCUCUGCUCUUAUGCGUCACCAAUUUAAAGAAUAUUCAACCGCACGUUGAAGCCAUAACCAUCCCAUAAUUAGAAGAUGAGCGCACAUAUGGCAGCAUUAGUCCACCGAGUCUUUCAAAACAGAUUCAUCUGCGAAUGUGACUCAUCACAUCGCAUCACAACCCCCAAGGUGGAGCCAGUAACAUGAAUGAGGGUGAAGUGAACAGUUGCCAGAGAUGAUCGGAAGUGUUUUUAGACAGCGGUGAAAAGCUGCUCCAGCUCUUAAUGCAGAGAUAAAGAGAAAGGUGGAGGAUGCACUUGAUCCUGCAGAGAAUAAUGGCUCUUUACUGAACUUUCUUAUCCUAUUCUAUACCUCAGUUCCCUACAGUCUCUAAUUACCCUUCUCACUCCAGGGAAACCUCUCUUUUCAACUGUGACUUUCAGAUAAAAACAUUUUUGAUCAUCAAAACAUUUAGAGUAAUUUACUGUCUGUUAAAGAUGCCAGAGGUACAAUACUACCGUGUUGACUUUGAAAAUUGAGCAUUAUAAAACGGCAUAUCAAGCCAAGAACAACCAAAACAUCCUCAUUCUGCCUUUGUACAAAGAAAACACAGAUUGAUGGAUGCUGCCUGAGUCUAAAAACCCUUUUUUGGUCACUUUGCAUCAUGAAUGGAUGUUUUUGUUUUGCAGCAAGGUGAACUUUUGGACAUCUGUACCUAGGCCUGUCACGAUAACAAAUUUUGCUGGACGAUAAUUGUGCCUUUAUAUCUUCACUCCAGACCUCUGCAGGUACAUAGUGAUGUCCAACAGCCCUCUGCUCUUAUGCAUCACCAAUUUAAAGAAUAUUCAACCGCACGUUGAAGCCAUAACCAUCCCAUAAUUAGAAGAUGAGCGCACAUAUGGCAGCAUUAGUCCAACGGUUGCCGUUGACUAAAAUAUUUCCCUUUUCUCCCACGACGAAGACGUAACGUUGACGAGCUAAACAUAAGUCGGAGAUGACUAAAAUGUGACGAGACGAAAGUGCGUUUACGUUGAUGGGAAGAGACGAAAAUGACAAACAGAGUUGCAAAACUCAGUCAGUUAAACGCUAAACAUACAGGAGCAGCUUCUGUCCGCUUUGACAGCUCUCAUCAGCCUGCUGUGCUCCUCCAACACACAGAAAGGUGGACUUCAUGUGCCAUUGAGUCAGUGUGACAACAACUGCAUAUUUGAUCAGCAACAAGUGGUACAAACUAGUGUGAUGCAGGAAAUUUACAGCAGUGAUCAUGAGGCAAAAGUUUCAUCAAAGGCUAUGGAGGAAAAGAGACUGACCUGAAAAGGCUUUGGUGUAGUUAAAGAUGCCAGAGGUACAAUACUACAGGUUAAUGUAAAAACACAUGUAAUAAACAUUCAUUAUAGCUUAACGCUUCUAUAACACACCAUAAACAUGACCGUAAGCUGUUAUGAAUAUUCAUAAUCCAUCAUUAGAGUAGUAAAGCCUUACAGAUGUUUUUAUAACUGUGCUCAUUGUACAUUAGAAGAGGUGAGUUCCUAUUAGUUAUUGCAGUUUUGCUGUACCGUAUUUUUCAGGCGAUAAGGUGCACCGGAUUAUACGGCGCACUGUGAAUUAACGUGUCUAUGUUCUCACACAAGGCACACCGGAUUGUAAGGCGCAUUAAGCAUUGAUUGGCUUAUUGUUGCCUUACAUGAAUGCACUUUUAGUUUAGACAUUACAGUCAGACAGUCUUGUUGACUGCUCAGGGGUCCUGUUACGAGCCGGAUCAGGUAGUAACACAGCGUACUGUAAUGCUUCGAAUAUCCAUUGAGCAGAUUUUUGAGCACAUUGCACUACAUAAAAUCGGUCAGUAAGCACAACAAGUUAUCAUAUAUAAGGUGCGCUGGAUUAUAAGACUCUCUUUCAAUUCUUGAGAAAAUGUAAGAAUUGUAAGUGCGCCUUAUAGUCCGAAAAAUACGGUAAUUUGAUAUCAUCACUAUUGUGCCAUAUGUUGAUUUGCACUUCUAUUGUACAAGAUAGAAACUUGAUCAAGUGAAACUACAAAUAAUCAGUUUGACAUGAUUUAAGACAGUUAGUGGACAGAUAUGUGCAGAAUGAAGCAUGAGGACUUUUAUCUGCUUUAGGUGACGCUGAACAAUCACAAUGACUUGACUUUCUCUUCACAUUGGAGAACUGGAACAAUAUAAACUACACAUCAGCAGAGACUCACUAAAUUGCUGGCUUUGCUUUAAUCAAACUUGAAAUGCCUGUUGUCCGUCUGACUCAAGUAAAAAAGUUGCAUGCAGCAUCAUAAGAGGAAGUAAUCUGACAGUAAAGGGGCUGUGUCUCAGUGUUGUAUAGAUGAUAUUGUACAUGGCAGUGAGGUUAUUAAGGGUCAUUAUUUCACGUCUAUUUCUGGUACAUGACCUGGCCUGAAUAUGUUGGACUCAGAUCAACACACAGCGGGACACAGGCUUUCAUAUCUGGUGUGGAAAUGUAUUCACAAGCCUCGGAUCCCAUAGAUUGUUAUCAUUACAUUACAUCCUGAUCACUUACAAAGAGCGCCUCAGGUGACGUCAUGUGUGACCACCUAGGCUCUGCUGCCUGGUCUGUCUAUACUGUGUGGGAUUUUUGGAAGACUAACAUGCUAGUUUCCAGGAAAGGCUUACUUAAAGAGGAAUGUUGUUAUGGUGUAUAGAGCAGAGGGGAAGGUGAGUGAUUGGGGAAGUUUCAGGAAAACUGUUGUGUUUAUUCAGGACGUUGACUUUAUAGAGGGGUACAUUCGAAACAGAAGGACAGAAAAGAGAAGUAAAAGUUUCUGCUCUCGAACAGAAAGUUUGAUCAUGCUGCUCAUGCCAAGUUUUCUUCAGGAUUUGAUGAGCUUAAUGCUUGUGAGAACAUCCAGCAGAAUCUUCUGGAGGGGUUUACAGGCAGGGUGAAUCCAUUAAAAGAUUGAGAAAUACACACGAGAUUUGCUUCCCACUUCCCAGAGAAUGACUUAAUGAUAAACAGUUGUUUGAGGUUUUACUUUGGAAAUAUUGAGCAGUCGUUAGUGAUAUAACUGUCCUCUAACAUGUCAGGAUAUGGAAGCUUCUCUUUCACUCAAUAACCUUGACCUAAAAAGCUGCAACAGACAUGUUCCCUAUUUUGUUGAGGAGGGUGGAAAGAAUCUGUUGGACAGUCAUGGUUGUACCUUUGACUCUGAUUGGAUAUGUGUCAAAAAUCCCUCUGUAAAAAGCUUUACACUUUCACCUACUUACUCAUUUGCCUGAUGGCUUAAUCACGACUGUCUGUGUGAUUGUGGCUAAAGAGUACACUCCCUCCCUGUUUCCUGUGCUUUUUAACAUUGAUUGAAGAGGAACUGUUCCUUGGAGUCACAUGUUAUAAUCUUUCACACAGACAGUUUGACUCAGGUUUUUUUUUUUUUAAGUUCCUGUAGGAUUAGCCCAGCGCUGCUUUGUUUUUAGAUAAAGGACAUCUGGGGCUGAUCUGUGGGAUAAAAACAGAGCCAGAAUUCCAAUCUGUGACCUGACAGGACCCUUUGCUCCGUUCACAAGCAGCUGAACCACAAAAACCUCAACAUUUUGACGAAUUGCAAACAGGUGUCAUUGCUUAAAUGCCAGGCUGGACAUUUCCCAUACAUUAACCUUUAUUUUAGCUACGGCCCAUGAUUCAGGUUAUUUAAUUCAGUUUAAACGGAGUCAAGGUAUCAACAACCUACAUUUAAAAAGAAUGAUCACUAAAUAGGAAGGACAAACAUGGACAAAAAACACAGAUUCAACCAAGUCUCAGACCUUAGACCAGGGGUGGGCAAUCAUGUGCCAUGGAGGGCCGAGAGGCUGCAGGUUUUCUUUCCAACCCAAAACUCCACCAGGUGAUUUCACUGAUUAGUCCCUGCUCUCUGCUUGGAGGUAAGGUAAUCAGUGAAAUCACCUGGUGGAGUUUUGGGUUGGAAAGAAAACCUGCAGCCUCUCGGCCCUCCAUGGCACAUAAUUGCCCACCCCUGCCUUAGACUGUAAAGAAUAAUGAAAAGAAUAAACAAACUUUAAAUUCUAUGAAAUACUUUUAAAUGUAGGGAUGAGAUUGUUGUGAUUUUACAGCUUUUCUCAUGAUUCUUUUAUUUGAUUUAGUUGUAAAAUAAUAACAGUCUCUAUGUAUUCAAACCAUAGACUGUAUAAAGAAUGGACGGCGUCUGCCUCCUCGCUCGGUGAAGCCACCCCGAGAACAGCACCCUCUGUUGAUGGGCUGCAGUAUAGGUCAUAAAUCCCGCCUCCGCCAGCAAAGCUUAUAGAGCUGUGGACAAACUUUAGAAAUUUAUUACACAGAAUAUGAAUCUUUCUCCCCCCUGCUUACGAUGUUGACAUGUAGUUACAGCAGUAGUUCUUAAGUCCAGUCCUCGAACCCCCCCCCUGUCCUGCAUGUUUUGGAUGUUUCCCUUCUCCAACACACCUGAUUCAAAUGAUCAGCUCGUUAUUAAGCCAUUACAGAGCUUUAUAACAAGCUGAUCAUUUGAAUCAGGUGUGUUGGAGCAGGGAAACAUCCAAAACAUGCAGGACAGUGGGCCUCGAGGACUGGACUUGAGAACCACUGAGUUACAGUAAGACUGGUUUGUGCUCAAGUCCUCUUUUUUUCUGUGCAGCUCUGUUUUUAAAAGUUAUUUGGGGGGUUCAUGUUUUCUUUGAUUGACACCUGAUACAGCCUAUUGGCGUUCAGGGAUUGUGUAGCUCACCUGGGGGAUACGCUUUUUGAGCCGAGCGUCAUCACAGCGACUCUCCAGCCAAAUGCGCACAGCGCUACUGCGCAAUGCUGGUUUCAGGAAAUGAAGAAAAAUCGCGGAAAUACCGAGAGCUUUUUGGCUUCAAAUCUGUAUACAGGCGGGAAGCGGAACCAAGUUGACCAUAGUAUAUACAGUCUAUGAUUCAAACAGGAGGCUUUUGUUUGGCUGUGUGAGUUUGUGCUCAUCAAGCAGCCCAAAUGAAUCAGAACAGAUUUGGUAAAAUUAAAUACAUAUAUUCAUAAGUAGGUUUUGAAUUAGGGCAUUAUCACCUGAAUGUUUUUUCAUGACACGUAUCAGUCGGAGGAUGAUGAGGAAGAGAGUGGUCGUUUGUAUUUAGAUGUUUUGAUGAUAAAAGCUUGACUAAAGGAGGAUCUUGAAGGCCACCUUGCUUCAGAGACAGGAGUUGUGAGCAAGGGGACAUGAACCUAGUUCUGCACAGUGUACCAGUGCAUUUUGUGGCAUUUUGUUUCCACCAGAGGAAAAUCAAACAAAAGCAAAGGACACAUUUUAUGAUGUUGAAUUGAAUUUGUGCUGCCCAAAGAGUAAAAGACCAGUUAAAUUCACUGAUGCUUUGUUAAUGAAGGUGAAUUGACCAAAAUGGGAAAAUAAAUAACAAAAUUCAUAAAAUAUACCAAAAGUUUUUAUCUGGUUAUGAAACGGGCUGAAAUGAUCAUUAAUGUCUUCUUAUGAGCUCUUAAAGCAAACAGGGUCACAGGUGUAUAGAGUGAAAUGCUGCUGCAGGGCAUGUGUGAAAAGAAGUUCACUGCAGAAACAGACCCAAAGAUUCAUAUUAUGUGGGUUUACAUGACUGCUUCUAAGUAGUUAAGAAUUAGAAAAAUGGCUCGAUUGGAAUCAAAAAUGACUAAUUUAAGUAAGAAAAGAUGGGUGGUGAAUUCCUUUUUGUUUUCCAGUUCAACAACCAUGUAAACACUUGUAAACACACACGUUUACACAUGCUCAGUUCUCAUGGCUAUAGAUUGUGCUUAAAUGCUUUCAAACAUCACUGCGGUGUCCAAGUGUCUGGUUCUUUUCCUCUUCAGCUUCCUUUAAAAAGUUUUUACACCUGUUAAAAAAAAGAGAGUGUUCACAUCAUCUAAUCAGGAUUUCCAGAUGCUGACCUUGAAACAAUGACAGGAUUUGGACCAAAAAGAAACACAUCUGAACUUAUUUGACACUGAUUCAAACAUUAUCUGUGUCUCAUUCCCAGCGGGACAAGACCGGGACUUAUAGAGUCCUGCUCCAGUGUAGAAACACAUCAGGCUUUCUAAUUGGCUUCUCUCACAAAGGUCAAGGGAAAGGUCUGUACAGUAUUGUUGCACGGUUGGUGGGCCGCGUAGUGAAGGGCCGCAUCCUCCCCGGCCAGUUGGCAGACAUUGUAUAGACUCCUUUGUUCUCACUGAGAAUCGUUGGGAUUCCCUGAACAGAAGAGAGCUGCAGAAACAUAGAAGAAGGAUGAACCGCUCACAAGAGUGUAAUUCACUUCAAGGCUGUAAAAACACACCAGAUUUGAAUAUAAUGAAAGAUUUGUGAUUUCUCCACUCCCAGCACAAAGGGAAGUUCAACUCCAGACUACAGUGAAUUUUUCUCUACUUGAUAAGAGGUAGAGGAGUUCACCCGACAGGAUACUAGCAGACUGAUGAAGUCAGCAUAAAUCUUCCUCUUAUCUGCUGAACUUUUCCCCCUGAAUGUUUGGGCUGAAACCUUUGCUUCUGUGUUUCCAGGAACGAAUGGGAGAAGUAUGGCUUAAGCAGGGAUUGUCACUCGUGUUCCUCUUGUUCAGGCAUAAAUUGCACUUUGUCCAUAAGCUGCUGAGCGUGAACUAAAAGUAGUAAAAAGAGAUAAAAGUAGACUGACAUCCUCUCAUAAUCUGGCUCUACCCUCCAGGUCCAUCUACAUGGAGUUUGAAAAAGAUGUAGAGGUCAAAGGAAUCCCAGCAUAUCGCUUCACUCCACCUCGCUCCGUCCUGGCCAGCAAAGAGGAGAAUCCAGCCAAUGAGGGUUUCUGCAUCAGUCCAAAAGAGUGCUUGGGAACCGGCCUCCUUAAAGUCAGCCCGUGUCGGAAAGGUAAAUGUCAGCUUGUGCAGCAUAUUUGACUCACCCACACUUUGCUCUUUCACACGCUUUUUACAAAGUCCUCAUUGGGGGCGGCCUCGAGUUCAACAUCUGUACUCCUCAUUUUCAUUAAACCAGCCCCACGUCCUGCUCAAAGUCUUUCCAACUCUUUGUCAAACACACACCUUUAUUUUUCAAAUGUUCAUUCUUGUUUCUCUCUGCUUUCUUUUCUCCUUGGAUUUUUGAGCCUGAGCUCAUGAUACUGUGGGCAGUACUUCUUAAAUCAGUCAGGCCCUUCUUUUAUUUUCCCUCCUACUAUCAACAGCCCUAAUACCCCCUAAACAACCCAUGUGACAGAGCUCUCCAGGCCUCUCCACACCUCUGGCGCCAUCUGACCAUGACUGACCCAGUAACUGAGGCAGUAAGCCCUGUCACCUGAUUCUGGCCUUGAAACUGGCAUACAGUACCUCCUGUGCCAAAGCUACUUUUUAUUCCUCACAGAUUCCAGUUGGAAAAAAACAACACAAAGGCUCUCCACUUCUAAUCAUAAAUAACUUUUUGUUAUCGCAUGAACUUUCAAUACCUUUGAGGUUUUCGGUAAAUGUCAUUCAUUUCCUCGAAAUACUUCUAUGCAGCAUUUGCAGCGUCAGUCGGCCUGACGUGCUGAUGCGCUGUAUUAUUAUGAGUUCAAACAGCUCAUGAUCUUUUCUCUCAGUGUUUGAAUGAAGGUUUAAAGUAAGAAUAAAAAGUGAAAGCACUGUGCAGCUCUAAGAAACCCAAUUUUGCUUGCUUGCUUGGCAUUUAGAUUUUCGUCACAGUGUUCAUUUUAUAAUCUUUGGUGAAGUUUGUCGCCAAAAAAAGAGAUAAAGUUAGAAAAAUGAAAUUUUGCAUUAAAAUACAUGUCAGCAUGACAGUCCAGCUGAAAUCACACCAAGAUGAAUUUGUCAAAGUUGGAUUAUCCCCAAAUUAGCGGAGACGUUCUCUGCAUGCUCCUCAGACCAGCAGCUGUUUUUGAACCGGGGGUCAAACUACAGAAAUGUUAAGAAGGGAGAUUGUCGUCAACCUCUGGAUAUCACUAGGUACCAGAGACUUAGCAUGCAUUUCACUGCAAAGCAAAUAGGACAUUAAGAGCAGGGAUAUUCAUAGUGAAAGCAGGCAAACUUUUGUCAGUCAAUUGAUUCACGCCCAAAUGAUGUGGUCUGAUAAAACUGCCGAACACAGCAAACCACAGCGAUUUUGGAAUUGUGCAAUAAUACCGACUGUGAAACAGAAAGCAUGACGCAGAAGAAGACCAAAAGUCAUAGCAUCUGUUUCACAUUAGUUUUCACUGCUGACUGAGUCUUUAGUGGUUCUUGGGAAAGUAUAAAAAAAAAAGGACAUGACCUCAGGUUAGAGCUCUUCUGCACUUGUCUUGACUCCAAAAUCUGUCACCAGAAUAAGACGUCGAUGAUGGUUGCAGAAUUAUUUUGGCUUCAUUUUAUCUACAGUUGGAGGAGAGGGAGGCGUGCCAUCCAUGUUUAGCCACAGCGAGAGGAAGAAAUCAGCUGUGAUUUUUUUGAAAAUUUGUCACUAUGACGACAGACAAAAUUAUGAGUGAUAUAAGUCUGUCAUAAUAGUGGCUGAUUAUUAGGUUUACUUGAUGAUUCAAAUAUCACUUACUGAUACAAAGGUCGUGUUUGAGGUCUGAAGUUAAAGAAUAAACUCAAAGAGGAAGUGGCACUCCAAAAUGUCCCCAUACCAACGUAUGUACGCGUACAUGAGAGUGUGUUUGCUCAACAGUGACCUUGUGUGUCGUCACAGGAACAGCCUCGCAGGUGUCCCAUGUUUUUGUCAAACGUCUGUUGCCAAACACAAGAGCAGGAAAACUGUCACCUCUGCCCCACUUCAUCAGCCCCUCUGACCGAGCCACCGUCUGACUCUGUUGUUGUUGCUGACACACGCACACAGGCAGCUCUCUUAGAGCCAAGCUACCUCUGUCUUUGUUGGACACAAGGACAUAUCGAGACGCUCAGUCCAACUAAUCACAGGUAGCAAAAGAGCAAAAAUGCUUCAAUAGACUACACUGUUCCUUAUCUCCACCAAGGCCAUAUAGUAGGAACUGGAUGUCUCCUGUUAACAAUUUGUGGAAGGAACUCAGCAAGAAUAAUGACAGUCCUAAUCUGAUAACAGAUACUGCCCCUAAUUUGUUUUACAAGAGUGGGUUGUUGGUCAUUUGUGUACCUAUUGUAUGUUUUCUUUGGAAGACUGACCCUAAGUAAUGUGCUGCAUGUACCGCCACGCAGUUCAGAUUUUAUCUUGUCACGUCACUUAAUAUUUCCCCCAAAUGCUCUGCAGUUAGUUUUGGCCUGAUUCCAGCCAACAUCAAACAGCGGGCAGCGUGGCAUUAAAGGAUAACAGCGGAUUUUUGGUUGUUUUUUGCAAGAUGAUUUUUGGUUGUUUUUAUGUGGCAUCAUCAUAGCACAAAAAAGAAAGUUUCGUUCUUGUUCAUGAUUUGGAGCCGCUUGCAGCAAAAUAAAGACAUAUGUAUAGAUGGAGAGAUGAUUCUGAAGUUCUUUAUAACAGCACAACUCUGUAAAUGGACUUAUACGGUGUUGUCUCGACAUAGUUUCUGCGUUAGACUGAAUUACAAUAAUGCUUUGUUGACCUUUAAUUUCCUCGGGACAGAGUUCUUCGCAGAGGCAGAGAGAUUCAAACACACAAAGUCAUCAGCUUUUGAAGGCUGAUGGAUUUUGUAGAUGCAACAUGAUGAGAGAAAAACUCUAGAAAACAAAAAUGAAAGAGGUCGUGAUACUAAAAGUUUGAAAAUCUCGGUAGAGUAUCUUUAAUAAAGGAACAGAGACGUGUCUUUGUGAAGAGAGUGGGAUAAAAAUGUGUGUUUUCAUUUCUGCUUUAUUUAACUUUCACCCCAACCCUUCCUUAGUCUCUUUUUCUGUCUCCCUUUUCUAACCGUCAUUAUUUUCGCUUUCUUUCUUUUUCUUUCUUUCUUUCUUUCUUUCUUUCUUUCUUUCUUUCUUUCUUUCUAUUUUAUUUUGUUUGUUUCUUUCUUUUAUCUAUUUUGUUCUUUUUUCUAUUUUCUUUUGUUUUCUUCUUCUUCUUUCAUAUUCUCUUUCUCUUAUUCUUUUUCUCAUUUUCUUCCAGUGUGCAUUUUUUCGUUGUUUUUUUCUUUUCCUAUCAUUUUAGUUCUUCCUCUCUGUCAUUCUCUUUUUCUUUAUAUCUACCUGUCAUUCUUUAUUCUCUUGUUUUCUUUCAUUCUCUUAAUCUAUUCUCUUUAUCCUUUUCUGUCUUUGUUCUCUUUGAGAUUUUUUUCAUUUCUUUCUUUUUUCUUCAACUUUUCUGUCUCUCUUUCUCUGUUCAUGCCUUUCUUUUCUCUACCUUACUUUUUUUCCUAUUUUCUUUCUUUCUUUCUUCUUUCUUCUAUCUUUCUUUAUAUACUUGUUCAUUGCACAAAGUACUGAUUUAAGGGGGACAGAAAUAUGAUCACAUUGAUAGCUUAGAAAGAAAUGCCUCAAACCCACUAAAGGUGUUUUCAGCCAGGACAGAAAAGAAAUAGUUGCAGCAGCUGUAGUUUCAAUGAUAUCUUGUUUUUGUUACUACCUUCUUUGUGCAAAGGAAACGAAAUGAAGUUGCACUGAAGGUCCCUUUUUCAUCUUCCAGGAGCUCUGUUAAUAGUAAGGUUAUGGUUUGAAAGGGAUCCUUAUGUACAAUUUAUCUAUAUUUCCUCCUUUAAAGACAUAUUACAAAAGCUAUCAGCACAGUAUUUUGAAGUAUUGUAUUCACCCGUAUGUUGCAGGAGUUUAGAGUCUAAUCCAAGCCCUACAAAAACUUUAUCCAAGGAAGGACAUGUAAACAGAAACUGCAGUGAACAGCCUCAGAUCAUACAUAUAAGAGAGGGACAUUAGCAGCCAUUAUUUGAGAAGCCCGUAGUCUGUUACAGUAGAUAUCUGAGGAACUUCAUGAGAGAAAGUCUUUGUCUUUUGUUGUGGGUCAUCUUUUAGCAGCAGGGACAAACAUCAUGCUCUGAUCAGCUGAAGGUUGUCACGUCCCUCACUCAUACCCCCCUCCUCUCUUUUGUCCUUGUCCUCUUGCAGGUGCCCCGGUGGUUGCCUCCUUCCCACAUUUCCACCUGGCAGAUUCUAAAUAUGCGUCAGCCAUCAAAGGAAUGUCCCCUCAGAGAGAACAUCACCAAACGUUCCUCGACCUCAACCCUGUACGGCAACAGUUUAUUAUUUUAUCUUUUAUUUUAAGACGCUUGUCCUCAACACAACCUUAGAUAGAGUUACUACUCCACCUAGUGGCACAGAGGUAGCAGUACAUUAAGUUUAUCAACUGAUUUGUGGGCAGAAACAUCUUGGUUGUACUUAGAAAAUAUUUUUGUAGGUUUCAUUUAGUCUUGAUUCUUGACUGCUUUUGAAACUGUUUUUAUUUCAUUUUUUUGCUCUCAGACCACUGGAGUGAUCGUGCGUGCCAACAAGAGAGCCCAGGUGAACAUUCUGAUGAACAGAGUCCCUGGAUUCCCGUGAGUGCCUGCAUCCAUACUAGUGUUGUGUCGUUGGCGAACGAUUCGUUCAAAAGAACCAAAUCUUUUAAGUGAACGUACUGAACCGAAUCACUUCCUCGAGUGAUUCGUUCGUUUCUCACUUCAGUUGAGCUGAAGUGAGAAACAGCAUUGCCGACACCUGAAUCACUUGGUGAACGAAUCACGCAUUGAACUACAAUCUCUGGAAUCAUUUUUGUCAGACCAAACCUUUUUUUUUUCACUGCAAAAUUACCACCAUAACAACUUUCAUACAAAAGGACACAGCAUGUAACAAGUAUACCAUAGGACAGUUCACUUAAAACAUCAUGACUUACAAACAAGUUCAGAAUCAGAGCUAUAAUUGAACUGAAUCCUGAAACGUUGAGUUGUGUAUCAGUUCAGGAGGUCGGAGUCGCAGGCUUCUCCCACUAAAUGAUUCGGUGAUUUGGUGAACGAAUCUUUUGAGUGAACUGAUUCUAGUGAUUCAGUACAUCUAACAGAACUGCCGUGCUCAUCACUUAUCCAAACAUGAGCUAAACAGUAUUAUUCAACAUGUGCAGAUGGCUUUGUGUCUGUGAUUGAACUCACUUUAUCUGUCUUGAUUCACAACAGGAAGACGAAACCCCUGAAUGAGACCGUUUUCCCCGUCAUGUUCCUCAAUGAGGUAAGCUCAUUGGAUCUUAGUAAAGUUAGUACGCUUGAAUAGGAUAAAUAAGUCAUAUGCAGUACACUCUUGACUCUCUGAAAUGACCCGCUUUCAUCCCUCAGAGUGUGACAAUUGAUGAUGCGUCUGCAGCUCGAGUACAUAAGCUGCUCCUGAUUGUCACCGUGGUGUCAAACUUCCCGCUCAUCAUCGUGGGACUGGGCGCCAUCAUGCUCGCUGUCUUCAUCCUUCUUCUGUACCGGGCCCGUAAACAAAAGGUAUGUCGUCAGAUCGUGCUUGGAUUGUCCUUUAAAGUAAAUAAAGUUGAGUUGAGUUGAGUUUAACAGCUUCCAUGUGUGCUCGCUUUAUCCCAUGAGCCAUUUCUGUUUGUUUUUGCGCAAUUUAUUCAGUAACUUCAACUCUCACUAACUAACACACACUGUGCAUGUAUUUUUAUCAACGUUUGUCUCUGUGCAGAAUGAAGUUGAGCGCAUUGUGUUUACCAAGCCUCUCUAUGCUGUAAGUCUUUAUGGUUAUUUUGCUGCUUUGAGCCUGUGCUUCACUGAUGCAAAUGUUUUUAUCCAUGUGCAACUAUAAUCUCAUUUAAUUGUGCCAGUUUAACUCCUCUUUGCAGAGUAUAAUGCCUGGUUUAACUGAUUAACAUUUUGUGAUAAAUUUCAUGUAAAGUACUUUUAAAAUGUAACCGGCAACUGUUUGCAGCUUGUGUGAGUCAACAGCUUAACACUGUUUUCAUCCUUUCAGACCUCCACUGAAGACGACAAGUCUUACUCUCCGGUCAGUGACAAAGAUAAGGAUGAUUCUCAUAAUGGGACUUACAUUGGUUUAACACCCAAAGCUGAACCUCAAGAUUAAGAGGGAGAAAGAUGCAGCAGCAGCAGCAGCACUCAGAAUUAAAAAUAGGGAUUCCUGUUUUCAAGAGUGGGGAAAUCCUCCACAGAAAAUCGUCAGUACCCCCUUUAUAAUUGGUCUGUAACAUACGAUGCUGUAUGUUCUUUUUUAACCAUGGAGAGCUUCCUCUCAAGUCCAGGUCUUGCAUUGAUUUGAACCAUGAACUGUUUAUUUGAAAUAAUUGACACCUGGCUGAGAGUUGGAGAAACACUUUUUACUGGCCUUAAAUUAACAAAACAUCCAAGGGAAAACGAAGACCAAGGAUAAGAUGGGCUUAAGCUUCUUUUAUAUCAAUACAAUAUGUUUGACAUUAGAGUUUUAUCGCUGACUAAUACGACAGAAGUUCAGGGCAACACUAAAAAAGGUGGAAAAUGACACUGAGAAAGAGUCGUAAUAUUAAGAGAACAAAGUUGUAACAUUACAAAAAAAAAAUUUAAAUAAUCUGUCCUGUUUUUCUGACUCAAUGACAUAAUGUCAUAGUUACAAGAAAAUGUUAUGGAUUAAAAAAUGUUGCUGCAGUUUUAGAUUCAAUAAGAUAAUGAUCUCAAAAUUACAAGAAAACUUUUUUGUACAUGAAAAACUCCAGUUUUUUCUGAAUAGAAAUGAUAAUUAUCAUAAAAUUAUAAGAAAAUAUCAUGGAUACUAAAGGGGUUCUCAUGUUUUCUAAACUAACAAUCGGAAUUCCUCAAAACUUCCAGAUAACUUGUUAGAAAUAUCUUUUUCUGAAUUUAUCAGAAAAUUUUCUUUUCAGUUUUUCAUCCUCAAAAAAAGAAAAAAAACAUAUAGGCCAACUGUACUCAAGCUGUAACUUUGCUCUCUUAACAGAAUGACUUAAUUCUCUUAAUAUUACGACUUCAUUCUUCUAAGUAUACUUUUUUUUUCGUACAGCUUUAUUCUCCUAAAUUCAUGACUUUAUUCUUGCGAUUUCUUCUUCUCCUCCAUCGUAGACUACUAUGCAACAGCACAUAGUAAAUUAAUUUUGACUGGGGUUUUAAUGUCCAAAAAGUAAGAUUUUUUUAGAUUUUUAUCAUAAGUCACUCUCAGGGGGGCUCUUCUCAGCCACUAUGAAAUGUUUCAGCUAGGGAGGGGAGGAAAACACACAUCCAAGUCUUCUCUGUAUGAAGACAUCUAACGCAAUACAGUAUUAGUAUGUCUUGUUUGCAUUUCAUCCUAAACUUCAUGUUACAAAUAGGCUUAAUAGGCUUAUUAUUUGUCCUUGUUCAUACACUGUGUUUAGAUGGAUAUCUGCGGAUAUUGUUAUCACCUUACCUGAGACGCCUUCAGGUGUCUCUUUGUAAAUAUACAGCGUAAGACGUGCUGAACUGCUCACAUUCCCCUCAGUGUUUGAUGGAAAUGAGUGUCAGACAAAAACGUUGUACAUUUUGGAUUCUUAAAUAUUUGUAAAAUAAGAAGUUUGUUUCCAUUUUGUAAAUGUUAAUGUAGAAAUGUUCAAACGAGGAACUUUUAGGUUAUAGAUUCAGAUAAAUGCAUCUUAGAGCCAUAAUGAGCGACACUUAGAUCAGCCGUCAGAAUUAAAGAGGUUAUGGUUGAAUUUAUGUGGUGACAGUAUUUUUGCCCCGUAUAACUGCUCAUUGUAUCUUUAUAUGGCCAUAUCCAGCUGUAAAUUAUGUCACCAUCAUUUUAAGUGUGUUUUAUAUGUUGUUGAAGGCCUUUCUUGCAUUUUUUUGUGCUGUUCUGAUCCAUAUGACGGAGCUGUUCCUUUAAAACGUCUGUGAAAGAAUAGAUUUUAUUUCAGGUGUCCAGACAUUUGCAAUUCAAAACUCACAAAGGGGUCAAUAUGAAGAAAUGCUGUUAUUUUGCCAUUAAGGAAUCUACGUUACUGGACUUGUUCUGCCUUUUUUUUUUCUUUAGAGAUGAUGUGUAGUACCAACAAAUCUACUACAUCUCUCUUCUUUCCCGAUACCAAAUGAACCAGGCAUGAAUCUGGUUUUAAAGUUUGUUUUUUUUACUGCGUGAAUACUAGACUGUUUUCACUCAAAGCUGUUCAAAAAUGUAGAUUUCAGGUGCCGUUUAAUGUGAUAAACUGUAGAUAAUGCUGCAGAAUGACUUCAUUGAACUGUGACGAGCCCAACUUUUAUCACUGCUCUUGGUUGAAUGAAUGAGUUGCUUCCGAAAACCUUGCACUCGUGUGAUCAGCAAUGAAUGAAACAAUCUGAGGGGGGGGAGGCUGUGACAUUUCCUCUUGAGAUAUUUGCUCAUUUGAUUUGACUGUUUGAGUUUGAUGUAUACUUUUAUUCAAAUAUGUAUUAAAGAAAAUCAAAUAAAAAUGGAAAAAUUCAUGGAGAGUGCAUAUUAAAGUGUCAUCACAUUAUGAUGAGAGAGUGAAUGUAUGGAUGUGGGAUAUUGUUUUAUUUUGAAAUGCAAAAACAGUAUUACACAAUUCAAGUAUUUAAACAGGAGGAUUUGUUUAGUUACUGUGGUAAGAUCAAUACAUGAAGCACCAUAUGGACUGAACACUCAGCCAUUGGUGCUUUUCUCUCAUUACUGAUUUUGCUUUCUACAAUUAUACAGUACUUAUUUCUACUACCAUGUUCUCUGAUUGUCAACUUCUUUGGACACAUUGUUUGGAUAUUUUCUGUGUGCACAAAAAUAAAAAUAUUUUAAAUGAACGUGCCCUGUUAUGCAACUACUCAUUAAACCACUACUUGGGGUUGUUUGCAACUA